GUGUGAGUGAGUUCUGGGUUUGAAAGAUUCCAGUUUCAAAAUUAAUACUGUGAAAAUUAGUUGUCAUGUCAAACUCAAGCUUUAUUGGAUUAAUCAAAAAGAAUUAUCACAGCUUAAUAAAUAUAUUCUCCUCCGAUUCGGACGCGGAGGCAUCUUCGCCGCAGCGUCGUCUGAAUGCAUUCAAUGUGAAAAUCAAUCGAAGAGCCAAAUUCCACACACUACUGUCGCAAAAGGAUACGGUGACCAAGCUGAUACAACUAUAUCGGCAGAAUGAAUGUCUCUGGAAUCCGAAUUGUCCGGACUACAAGAGUUCCGAGUACCAGGAGAAGGUGUGGAAGGAUAUUGCCUCUGCCAUAGAUACAAAUAUGCCGGUUGUGCCCGUCAAACGAAAAGUGCAUGUUCUGCGAGAUCAAUGGGAGGCAGCCAAGGAGGGACCGAUGCCGAAUUUCUUUGAUUAUCCAGACUUUGGUUUUCUCAGCCAGGCGCCCGCUGCGGUCGAAGAGCAGCCGAACAACGACCAGGUGGUGGAAUCAGAUCGCAUGGAUUCAGGAAGUGAGCAAACUAUACAAGCAGAUGAAGCAAUGGCGGUAUUUCCAUCAGAGUAUGUAAUUUCGAACAAGUCUCAGCAUAUUGCGAAUCUUUGCGAGGUAAUUCGAAUUGAUUUGGAGCAAAUACACGAUGAAUUUUUUUUUGAAGCAAAGUGGAAAAUCCUAGAUGUAUUACGAGAUGCGCAGUUAAAGCAGCUGCAAAGGCUGCAGGAGAGUCAAAAACCAAAUUCAGAUGAUGCAGAUUCAACAACUCUAUAGAAACAAAUUAAAUAUAUAUAAAAUAUAAUUU